AAAGACCUUUCCAAUCCGCAAGGAUCCAUGUCAACCACGGCACUCUUUCCGCUCACGAAGUGCUGGUGCGCCAAAUGGUAUUGCAUCACAAAAGCGGGGAAAUGCACCGUCGAUCCUGAGCCGUAAGCGGGUAGCUUCCCUAUAUGCAGCCUCAAAGAUCAUCCAUACCUAGGUAGUUGCUCGAUUUUAUCCUGGUACCUGACAUGUACAUGACGUGAAGACUAGCAAUGCCCAGAUGUCCAGGUACCGUCUGAGGUAAUGUUUGCAGUUCGCGCUUGGAUGCUCCGAGGCUAUAUAUACUGCCUGUCAGGCGUUGUGCCGUGGUCGUUACAUGUCAACAGAAUCUUGUCGCGUCCAUGAUGUUGUCCCCUCUUGUAUUGACGUUGAGCACUUUGCUUCCUGCACUAUCCGGUGCACAGCGCAUUCGCUCUGAUCCCGGUGUCGCUGGCCCAGCUCUUGAGAUUGUGCAUCUGUACAACGACCAAUGGCCUACCGGAAUCACCGUAUCGAAAGGCGGCCGCAAGUUCUCGAACUAUCCGGCAGGCCUAGAUGCUAAUAACACAAAUACGGGUACCAAUAACAAGUAUGCCGUGGCAGAGCUCACGACUAACGGCACCGAGACACCCUAUCCUAGCGUGGAGAUUAACAACCCGCCAAAUGGAGCUAUCAACUACACAACAACUCCGCCGACUGGUGCAAACUACCAGAAUUACCUCAUCGGCGUACAGAGCGUAGUCUUGGAUCCCCAAGAUCGCCUAUGGAUCUUAGAUACGGGACGCGCAUUGACUGAAGAUGGUACAUUAGUCAAUGCGUCUCCUGGCGGUCCCAAGCUUGUUGGAGUAGACAUUGAGUCUGACACAGUGAUUCAGACUAUAGUCUUCCCACCCACGGUAGCAUUCCCAGACUCGUACCUAAAUGAUGUCCGCUUCGACUUGCGACCUUCCGUCUCUGCUUCUGGCAAAGGAGUAGCCUACAUCACCGACUCAUCGUCUGAAGGCCGCAAUGGAAUCAUCAUCGUAGAUCUAGGCACAGGCGAGAGCUGGCGCCACCUCGAUGGUGCAAAGGAGACGAGGGCUGAGAGGGGGUUCGUUCCAUAUGUCUGGGGUCAACCGCUUUACUACAUUCCCGGUCCUGGUCAACCGCUUACCACUGUACCGUUGGGUAGCGAUGGUAUCGCCUUGUCAGCUGAUGGUGAAUACUUGUACUUUGGCCCCGUUGGUGGACGCACAUUGUACAGUAUCCCUACUGAGCGCCUACGGGACCGCAGUCAAGCUUCUGAGCUCUUGGCGCUGGGUGCCGUGAACAACAAGGGAGAAAGGGGUGUUAGUGAUGGAUUUGAGACGGACACCAAUGGCUUCAUCUAUGCGGGUAAUAUGGAGCAAAAUGAAAUCGGGUUUCACAACCCGAUGAACGCGUCUAUGACGCUGUUUGUGAGGGACCCAAGGAUUAGUUGGGUGGAUACCAUGUCUGUCGGAAGCGAUGGUUACCUUUACUUUACCGACAACCAGCUUGCCUUCAGCUCGGCCUUUUACCCUGGCACGGAUCGGAGGGAACGACCAUUUGUGCUAUUCAGGGCGCCUUUGCCUAAUAACGGUUCGAGGGUUUUCUUGCAGUAAGAACAUCUAAAAUAGAUCAUAACUUCACAGUUUUCAAUAGCUAGACG